AUGGACAUCGACGCCGUAUUCGAAGAGUUCACCGUCGCUCCUGACGACUCCGCGACCCUCUCCCCGGCCUCGUCCCCCGGCGACCUCUCCUCCAGCGAGCGCUCCACCGACGGCCAGCAGCAAUCUACCCCAACUCCCCUCUUCUCAUCCACCUUCUCCUCCUCAAACAACACAAACAGCAACAACGCAAACAUGCAGACAUACUCCGCCUCCUCCCAGCUCUCGUCCAUGACCACCUCCGCUGAGCCCCAGUCCCAGCCGCAGCCUCAGUCAUCGGCCUCCUCGUCCUCGCGACGCUCGCUCGCGCGCAAGUCGACCCUCACGCAGCAGCAAAAGAACAACAAGCGCCAGCGGGCCUCGUCUGAGCAGCUCGUCAUUCUCGAGAACGAGUUCGCUCUCAACCCGGCGCCGAACGCAAAAACCCGCAUCCGCAUAGCCGACCAAAUCAACAUGACCGAGCGCUCUGUCCAGAUAUGGUUCCAAAAUAGACGCGCGAAAAUAAAAUCGCUCGCAAAGAAAUCUAUCGAGGCCGGAGAGGAAAGCGACCAGAUCCCAGACUCGAUGAAGCAUUAUCUCGCGCAGGCAUCGGGUCCCUCCGCUGGCACAUCCUCGGCCUUCUUUGCUCGCGCGUUUGGCCUCGGCCAGGGCGCGCCCAACAAAGCGGCACUAGCUCGCUCGGCGUCGUUCUCAAACAUGAGCGACCAUUCCUAUUACAUGCGCAACUACGCCUCGACUAAUUUCAACAACGCGGACGUGGUCGCGCCUUCAGCGUCGUCGACUAAUAACAGCAAGACGCCUGUCUGCCAGUUCACUGCGCGGUCGCUCACCAUCGGUUCAUGGCGGCGGGUGGCGGGGACGGCUAUGGACCUUGUCAUAUUCUACAGUCCGUCGCAGAGCAGGUUUACGUACUACAUCAACAACGACUCUGUCGGUUUCAAGAUUGAGUUUCCUUUCUCUGCCGUCAAGCAGAUCUUUGUGCAGCCCGCUCCGUCCACUGGAGAGGAUGCGGGUGAAGCAGGAGAUGAAUCUGCAGUAUCGGCGCAGGGCGACAUCGUCGUCAUCUUGUCCCAUCCGCCGCAGUUUUACAUGGAAUCAUCCGGCUCGACCAGCGGCUGGUUUGAGACCGACGAUUUCACAGAAGACCAGCAAGCCAGUCGGGUGAUGGAGCACCGGUUUUCCGGCCCGCUAAAAGUGCUCGAGCAGCAACUGUCCGAGCUACUCUGUCUCCGCACCGAUAUGCUAACCGCGACGACGCGAGCAAACCGGAGCUCGAGCGCCUCGUCAGCGAGCACGACGACGACGUCGAGCUCGACAACAAAGAUGCUGAACGCGCUCUCGUUCACAACCUCAGCACCGGUGUCUCCGCUUGUUGCGGGCGCGGUGGUCGAAAGCGGAGGCGGACUUGCGCCGUUUCCCACACAGACUACUACGGCAGGGUUUGGUAGUAGUGCGGCAGGAAUGCCGUUUUCGUUUGCUCCGCAGUAUGCGCCAAGCAGCGGGUUUGCUGUGCCGGCGGGAAAGCCGCGGACACAUCGACGGACACGAAGUCGGUCUGUUCCUGCGACUAUUGAUUUUUCGUACAUGAAUGCUGCUAGUCCUGGGUUUAUGUAUCAUAGUGAUAUGGCGGCUAUGAGUGCUGCAUCUUCACAAGCAGCUGCGGUGGCAGCAGCAGCAGCAGCAGCGGCAGCGCAGGCAGCGUCACAUACGCCGUCAAUGAAUGAGGCGAUUAGUCAAACUGCACAGACGUCGGGGGUACCUGCUGAUGUGGAUGUUCCCGCCGGGACCUCGUCGCUGCAGAUGGCGCCACUUGUUCAGGAUCUGGGUGGAAGCACGCGGUCACCAGGAUUAGGAAUGGGUGGCCAGCAUCUUCGGAUCGACACUGCAUCUGCGCCUGCGACCCCGUUUCUGGAUCCGUAUUCAUACGCGCUGCUGUCGGCGAACAGCACGACCGGAGGAGCGCCUGAGGGCAACUACUCUGAGCUGCUGACGCCUAAUCCGUCCGCGGCAGCGUCGGUGCCAGCGACCGCGCCUACGCCGAGCGAUCUCGAACCCGGCAUGAACCCAUACUGGAUGCAUGCGGCCGGGGGAGGUAGCGAGGAUAUAGUGGUCGAGGACAUGGGUCUGGCGGUAGCCGCCGCGGGCGACGUGAGUGCGGAGGCGGCGAUAUUUGAGAAUCAGUUUGUGGAGCCCGAUUUCGGCGGCGGUCCGACGACGGAGACGACGAGCGCGGGCGAUGAGUUGCUGGAUAUCGGGCUUUUGGGGAUUAACGGGGGUGUAUAA